AUGGAUCUGAUAAAGUAUAUAUUCGAAAAGCCUGUUGUUACUAGUAGAAUCGCGCGGUGGCAAAUGUUAAUCGAAUAUGAUAUCCAGUAUGUGACCCAGAAGAUAAUAAAUGGGAGUGUUCUGUCUGACUACCUUGCUCACUUACUUGUGGAAGGUUAUCAACCGUUGAGGUUUGACUUUCCAGACGAAGACAUCAUGUUUAUCAGAGACUUCACUAUGCCUGGCUCCGAGAUAAGCCCUGAGGAAGACCCCGAAGCAGGAUCACGAUGGACGCUCAUGUUCGAAGGUGCUUCCAAUGCUCGUGGUAACGACAUGGGUGCAGUUAUCACUUCUCCAACCGAUUUCCACCUUCCAUUUACCGCCAAAUUAUGUUUUGACUGCACCAAUAAUAUGGAAGAAUAUGAAGCAUGUAUCUACGGUUUGGAGGCAACCGUCGACUUAAGGAUCAAGAUUUUUGAGGUAUACGGUGAUUCAGCUCUGAUAAUAAGUCAGGUAAAAGGUGAUUGA